GUUGAGUUGCAGUUACGCUACAUGCCAUGAGCCGACCCAAGGAUGUCGCCUCCUCUGGCAGCUUUGGCGGCGGCUUCUUCCUUCCCGCCCAGCGCUCGAUGCAUUGCAAGGGCGGCUUCUUCACCUCCACCAACAUGGCAGGUCACCCGACGACGUUGCCAGCGUCGACAACCACUGCGCGCACCAAGCCGAUCAAGCCCCCGCCCCCCGCACGACACAAGACACAGCCCCCACCACAAGUAAAAGCCCGUCGGCCAAUGAACCAAGAGAUCCACGACGACCAGCCAACUCUUCCUCUCCUGGACGGCAACGUCCCUCACAAAUUCGAGGUGGCGAUGCAAGAGCUGCACUCGAUCAAGGGCCAGCUACACACGAGUCGUCCGACACCCACGCAAGCCGUCCACGUGCCGACCCCCAGUACUCUUGAGCCCGAGCCGCCGUCGCCCGAGAAGAAGCUGCAGAUUGCCGAAGCCGUCAUUCGCAAGCUCUACAAGAAGAACCUCGACUUGGAAAAGGCACUGGCCGCCGCCAAAGACGAAGCCGUCCGGCGGCACGACCCUAGCCCUGCUCCACCGCCGACGUCAACGCUGGUGCAUCCGCCGACGGUCGCAACAGUCGAGGCGAUUGGCGCCAAGAAGGACGACUACCUCCAAUUCCUUGCGGCCGAGCAAGACAAGACGAUCCGAGAGCUGCGUGCCAAGGUGGACGAGCUGCUCAAAGCGCGCCCCGAGACCGUCGAGACCAAAACCAACGUGAUUCCUCGACUUCAGAAGCGGCUGCAGGAGGCCGUCGACGAGUCCAAGCGACAGCGCACUAACUACUUGCGCAUGAAGCAGAGCUACGACAAAUUGCUCUUGCAGAAAACGCGGACGCUCUCGAGCAGCGCCGAUGUCGACAAGCAGGCACGCGCGAUGCUGAGCCUCAUGGAACAGCGCCUCGCGGCCGUCGAGGGCGAGCGCGACCAAGAAGCCAUGCUCUUCAACAUGAAGUUAUUCGAGACGGAGAAGCAAAACUGCGACGCGUACGUCGCCCAAAAGAUGCUCCAAGACGAGAUCAGCACGGUGGUCGACGGUGUCCGGGAGCGGGAUGCGAUCGACGACCAGAUCGAUAAAUGCAUGCUCGGUGUCUUUGAGCGACUGCAUCAAGUCGAGCUUGAGAACGUCCAGCUCCGCGAUCGACCCAGUGGACCCAGUGGACCCAGUGGACCCAGUGGACCAGCUGUAUAAAUAAGAUUAACCACGUUAUUCGAGGACAAUGAUGGGCGAUCCCAUCUGCA